AUGGAGCGCCGCCGGGAGCGGCUGUCGCGGACGUCCUUCAACUCCAACUCCUCGCGUGUCCAGUCCGUGUCCUCCUAUGGAGAAGAGGGACGGUCGAACGGAGUCUCUGAGUUGUCGACGCGGGACAGCAAAAUCGCUAUCCGCUUGACGUCCAAAGAGAUCAAAACGGAGGCCAUUCGGCCGCCGCUGCGGUGGUACGUGAGGUGUUCGGCCUGCUUGGUGGAGAAUACCAUUUUUAUUAGUUUCACGACGGUGCUGACGAUCUACGCACUGACUGGGGAUGACCUCCGGGUCCUCAUGACAGAGAAGCCGGCGGAUCUCUACUUCAACGUCCUAGUGCUCGUGUGCAUCGCGAUCUUUAGCUUUGAAAUUCUCAUCUCUGUGAUGGGCAAGUCCGACUAUUUCCUGGGCUUCUUCUUCGUUUUGGACUUCAUCUCCACCAUCACCCUGGUGCUGGACCUGACCUGGGUCAAUGAUGCCCUGGCGGGUGGCGGCAGUGACUCCGGCAGCGACAGCAGCUCCUUACGCAGCGGGAGAACAGCGCGCGUGGGCGCCAAAGCAGCGCGGAUGAUUCGGGUGCUGCGGCUGGUUCGGAUCCUGAAGCUGUACAAGGCUUUGUACGAGGCUGAUCGAGAGCGCUUGCGGCGCAGACAAAGAGAAAGAGAGGCCAAAGACAAGAAGGCCAACGAUGACGAGUGGGACGAAGAGGAUGCUGAGACGGUUGUAGAUGCAGAGAUGAAUGCGACGACGGGUCAAGAGUCGACUCUGGGCAAGAAGCUGUCGGAGAUGACCACCCGCCGAGUGAUCAUUCUCAUCCUGGCCAUGUUGCUGGUACUUCCGCUGCUCUCGGUGGACGACAUCCAGCAGAGCCCUUUCUCUGCAGAGUAUGGCGCGAACCAGGUCUCGGAGUCGUUCAAGGACUACGACGCUUCUGGCCAGGCUGUGGACCAGCAACAGUACUACAGUUCUCUUCUCACCUAUGUCUACUACCACAAUUGGUAUGCUGGCAAGGCGGCUGUCAACCCCUACUGCCCGUACCAGGACAUACCAAGCUGUGCCAACGGCUUUUGGGGUCAUCUCUACUUCGUGGGCAUCGGCGGCACCAACAGCGUGCUGGUGGACUCGAAGGCCGCGAAGGCGAAGGUGAACCUCACCUCCGUCCUGGACUUCAACCAGCGGUCUCAGGCCAGGGCCACUAGCUUCAUGGCCUUUGGACCCAGAUAUGAGUCCAGUCUGCUCCCGGUGAUUCUGGCGGCCUUCGCCCUGGGCUCCUUGUCCUUUGUGGGCUUCCAGCCGGCAGCCCGUGCCGCGGACAACCGCGUGGCCAUGAGGGGAGCUGCGGUGGAGUGGGACCCCAAGCUGAGCCGAGAUGUGGUGGAGGUCAUGUUCACGGCUCCUGCACAGGGUGCCCGUGCGCGCAUGCUGGUGCGAUCGGACGCCGAUGUCAUGGAGGUGCUGAAGGAUGGACGAAAGAAGCUGGGCUUUGACCAGGAGUGGAUGCCAGACACCGACUUCAAGCUCUACAACGCAGAGGAUGAGGAUGCCGGACCUAUGAAGGGCAAGAUGAAGGACAACGGUCUCAUUGACUUCUCCUUCGAGAUCCACAUGUACUACGAGCCGCAGAAGGCCAUGUUGGAUCGCGCUUUGCCAGCUUGCAAGGCGGAGCCGCAGGCCAUCUACAACCUCGGGGUGCUGCCCGGGCGUGCGCAGGAGCUCCUCGCGGGGGAGUGGGCGACAUCGUGCAACUACGCGGACAGUCUGCUGAAAGGCGUCUCCUUGAUCUCAGAGGACGUGGAUGGGGCGGUCUCGUACCCCGCGGCUUGCCCACAGGAUCUCCGUGUCACCGAUUCCCUGGCGUACUCGCCAGUUUGGCAGACGCGGCACUCCUGGCAGGAGUGGCGCUUUGUCUUCUACUUCGACGUGCGGCCUUUCAACCGAGAGACAGCCAUCUUCAGUCUUGCAACCACCGGCGUGGUGCUGGUGCUCCUGCUGACGGGGUCCCUGAUGUUUUCGCGGGACGCCAACCGCCUGAUCGUGUCUCCAGUCGAGCAGAUGAUUCGGCGUGUGAAGGAGAUCCGUGACAACCCUCUCAUCGCCAUGAAGAUGGCAGAUGACGAGUUCAAGCUGGAGGAGCUGAAGAAGUUCCGGCUUCGGAACCAGGGGUGCCUCACCCGGGCCUUCAACGCCUUGAUCUCCUGCAGAUGUUGGGGGGCCCGGCCCGGCCCGGCGUGGCCCACAAGGGUGGGCGGCGAUCGGAGCGCCAUGAGCGAGGACGACCUCCCGCCGCUGCUGGGCGAGGAUGGCGAGGAGCUGGAGCCCGCCGUGCCCGCGCCGGCCACGGCUUCGCCGCCGGCCGCGGAGCCGGCCACAGAGCCCGCCGUCGCGCGCCGAGGCCCGGCGCUUGAAGAGAUCUCGGACGAUGAGGCUGAGGUCGCAGAGCGCCUGCGAGCGGAGGCAGCAAAGCGCGCGGGGGCAGAGGCCGAGGUCUCGGCCAGUGACGCGAUGGCAGCGGCCCUGAAGGAGGCUGAGGAGGAGAAGGUAGCCUUCAAGGAGCCGGACGAACGGACCAAGCGCAUGAUCCAGGCCAUUGCCAAGGACGACUUCGAGGAGUGCGAGGAUGCCAUCAUGCAGGGCGCGGACGUGAGCGCCGACUGCGGCGCGGGGAUGUGCGCCCUUCACAUCUCAGCCCUCAGAGGGGAGAUGUUUCUCACGGAGCUGCUCCUUGCACAUGGGGCGCGCGUGAACCAGCGCGACCUAAGCGGCAACACACCGCUGCUGUAUGCCUGCCACUUCUACCGGCAGCACGGGAAGGGCGUUCAGCUCUGUGCACAGCUGCUUUUUCAUAAGGCGGACCCGCACUACCGGGUGAAGGAUGGCAAGAUGGCCGGCCAAAGCGCGCUGGACUUGAUGGAGAAGGCCUGCAAUGAGCCGAACACCGAUGAGAAUGUGCCCAGGCAGAUGCGGGCUAUGCUUCAGCUGGCGCUGGAUGGUUCCGAAACGUCCUUGGAGGCCAUUACCAAAAUGUGGGUGUCGAUCAAGUCGCAGCCACCGAACAAGAAGCUGUUCCAAGUGUCUUCCAGAAGAGACAAUUUUGAAUAUUCCAUGAAGAGCAUCAGCUGGGAGUUGCCCGCGGAUGCCAAGAACUCCCAGGGCUACGCCCCUCAGAAGCUGGAGGUCGAGUCUGCCUCGCUCCUGGAAGAGAAGUUCACCAUCCUGUCGGACUACCUCUUCAAUGACGAGGGUGACAAGGUCAAGGUCUACGUCACGUUCCCGGAGUCUGCGGCUGCCGCCCUCUCUCAGAAGCAGGCUCUUGAGGUGUCCUUCGAGUAUCAGGCCUUCGACCUGAAAUUGCGGGCACCGGCAGAGAGCUUCAGACUGCGACUGGAGCCUUUGUAUGGCAGCAUCGAGGUGAAUGAGUGCAAGCACCGGGCCUCGCCCGGCUCUAGGAAGGUGACGCUGACGUUAGUGAAGCGGCAUAAGAACCGCACCUGGUCAGCGCUGCAGAAGGCGAGAUGAAAGACCCGCGCGCAAACCCGCAG